CAAACUUAAACUUUGGAUUAAAUUCUAUAAGAUUCCCAACCAUCUGGCAACCCUCUACUCGGCCGCUGCAUGCCGCCUACACACACACACACACACACGGACAGAAACUGCAAGUGAGAAGAGAAUCGGACGCCGCAGCGCCAGAGGGGGGGGGGGGCCUGGGACGAGCCUCAGCGCCAGCGCAGAGAUUUCGAGAGACAGUGUUGCCCUGCCACAUUGUGACCAUAAUUUUUCAGUUUGAGCGCAGCACUAGCCGGUGACGGGCGAUGCGAUAGUAACACGUAGUAACCAUAAUCCCAGCCAGCCAACCGAGGGUCCUGGCGUGGGCGGACACAACCGUUACAAAACCGUUUUCGCAAGUGCACUUUGGACGCUGUUUGAGCCCCACAAAGCAGGACAGAAUGGGCGAGAAAGUGAAAAUGGAAAAUAAUUAAGUUUUGUGAUUGCCGUGCAAGAAGAAAAAAAAAACAGAGACACCGGAGACAGAGUCGGGCACGGAUACGGACGGGACACGCACACGUUGUCCCUUAUUUUUUUUUUUUGAUUCCUGGUCGUCUGGCUUCCGUUAUACGAAAAUCAAUAAUUCCGUGCUGUAUAAGUUACGGCGAAAGGUGCGCGCUCGCAUCGGACUCGCGUGGCGUUCGGCUCUUCCCGUUACUGCAGUCGGGUCGUCAUCGCCAGUCCCCUCCGAUGGGGGUGGUGGCGGGUGUUACAACAAAAAUCGUACAACCCAGAGUCCGCGUGGUGGAGGCGGAACGUGAUUGAAAUAUUUGCACAAAAAGGAAUCGGCGCUUACACUUUACACGCGCCAAGCGCCUCGCAGCGUAGGCGGCAAACGAGAGCCAAAGAGAGAGAACAGCAAGAACAAGCGAGAGAGAGAGCAUAGAGAGAGAGAGAGAGUGGUAGCGGUAGCUUCGUGGAAAGAGAGCUGAAGCUCGUGCUUGACAGAAGAGACUGAGAGACUCUCUCGUUGGCGUGAAUCAGGAAGCAGAAGACAAAAUAGAUUCUGCCCCAUGUGGUGGGGGCACGGUGGACAGUGGGAGCAGAAUGGUGGGACGGACGGGGCAUAGAAAGAGCGUGUAAAACGUAAAGGGGCAAAAAAGUAGUAGUAGUAAUAGUAGUAGAAGAAGAGAACCACAGAAGAAAACAACAAAAUACAUAUACGCGCGCAGUCGCUGCCCGCUGCCCGCUGCUGACGUUGGCGUUGACUUGAACGUCGACGGUGACGCUGACGCUGACGCUAACUGUGACUGUGACUGCGACUGCGACUGCAACGUAGUCGUAGUAAGUUUUUCCGCCGUAAUUGUGGGAGUGUGAAUGUGUGCGUGUGUGUGCGUAAGCGUGUCGGUGUGCGUGUGCGUGUGUGGAAUGUAUAAUAUAUACCAUAUAAAGCACAUAGCGAGAAAUCAUGAUAAAGUUUGUCAGGCAGAAAAAUCGCGAGAAUCCAUUAAAGGCAUCGAAAAAUUUUCUUCGUAAAAAGCGUGAAUCGAAUGACUCUGGCACCGAAUCGGAUGGUGAGCUCCUCGAUGUGGAAAAACAACGUCACUUAGACGUGGAUAUGGAAACUACUGUCGCUGGCCAAAAACCAAUUGCUCCUGCAAUGAUGUGUCACCAGCAGACAUCGUCAUCUUGCGCCCAUCUCAUGUACGAUCAGCACAGCUCCGAGGAGGAAUUGGAGGUGAUCAAUGGGCCCUCGUCGGUGGCAGGACAUGGCCAUGGCACCACGACCGCGACGGGCGCUUCGUGUGCCUCGCGACUCUCUAAUCGUGGCUGCACCUCCUCGCUGGACACGGAGGCACCCUACGAGGAACGGGCCACCACCUCCAACUCGAAGCGUUCAAGCUCCACGCUGAUGGUGGAGAACCGCAAACGGUCCCUGGCCCACAGCUCCGACGAUGAGUUACGCAAUUCGCUGGAGCCGAUAUUGACGCCCGUGAAUUUUCGCACAUCGCCGCCAUUGGAGGCGUUCAAGCCAAAUCGUAGCCAUAUGACGUUCCGCUCCACAACGCCACUGAUAUUAUCGGAGGCCAGAUGUGGCAUCGAAAAUAUUAAAUUAUGUGAUAAUAGUGUAAACGAGGAGAAUGGCGACAACAGCGGCGGCGGCGGCGGCGGCGGCAAUGGCGGCAACCACAGUAAAUGCCCCAAGCUGGGCGGAGCCGUGCUGGGCGGCGGCAACGAGAACGAGCCGAGUGUGAUCAAGGCGUGCAGCAGCUCCCUGAAGAUGAGCAACAGCAGCCACCACAUCUAUCAGCCGCAGCCCAAGUACAGUUUCCACUACAAUAGCUCGCGCAGCAGUCCGGCCAGCACCACCGGCCUGGACAUGGAGGUGCGUUCGGUUAGUCCGCCCGCGAAACUGUUCCACUGCGCCAUCUCGCCCAGGCGUCGUCCUAGUAAUAAUUCGGGUGGUGGUGGUUCGGCCGCAGCGGCAGGCACAGCAGCCCCAGCCACAUCCUCAUCGACAGGAGGAGGAGGAGGAGCAGCAGCAGCAGCAGCAGGAGGAGGCACCACAUCAUCCACAGCAGCAGCAACAACGACACACAAUGCUGCCAAUGCCGCGAGCGCCGCCGCUGCCACCCAGAGACUGCAGCGACCGCAUCGGCCGUGUUUAGAUUUUGAUAAGAUGCAGCAGGUGAGCCUCUAAUGCAGAGCGCGCUAACAGCGAAGGAAGGGAUCGAAUGGGAAGGGAAAGGGAAAUGGCAAAUCAAAGACUUUUUAUACGAAACAACAACCGCAACCACAACCACAGCUACAAACACAGCUACAUCUACAUCUACAACAACAACAAAAACAACAAGAACUCAAGAACUCAAACUGCAAAUAGAGACAGCAAGUGUACCUAACGGUUGAGCGCGGGCCAGCUGAUGCUUGGCAGCACUGGCCGCACGAUUAGGGGCGCCCUCUGAUGCUUGGCAGCACUGGCCGCGCCCUCUACACGAUCAGGCGUCGGGUCUUCAUGCAACCAAAAAAUAGGACGGAAACAGCAACAAGGAUAAAAAAAAUAUCAUAAAAUCAAAUUAUAUAAAGCUAAAGGUAAUUCAAAUUUUAAAUGCAAACAAACCUAAAAUUUACAAUAGAUGCAGCUAUUUUUUCACAAUUUUAAACUGAACAAGAAACAAAAAUCGUAUGAGAAAGCAAAGUAAAUGCAGAACAAGAUCUGGCAGCAGAGCAGAGAUGGCGAGACGACAGUCGGUGGGGGGGCUGUGUAAAGAAUGAUUUAAGAUUUAGAUGUAGCAACUACAAAAAUGGAAAGAAAUGGAGAAAAUUUGAGUAAAUCUGUAAAAGAAAAUGAAACAAAACCAAAAUCUGUAAACUGUAAAUAUUGUAUUUGUGUGGGAGAAAAAAGAAAACUUUUGAAGAAAUUGGCAAGCCAUGAAAAGAGAAAAAGAGAAAAAGAGUUAAACAUUUUAUGAACUGUGGAAAGAAGAAAGUAUUUUAAUUUUUUUAAAACCAAGAAAAUAUGUGGUGAUGUAGACAGAAGACUCAAACUUAUAAAACAAAAGAAAACGAAAAGAAAAGAAAAAAAGAGCAAAAUUAUAUUUCUAUAAAUUGAGAAAGGAACUGUGAGCGGUUAGAGGGAGCAGAGAAUGUGAGAAGGAGACAGACAGUAUGGGGGUGGGGAAAUAGCGUAGCAAACACUUGGGACGCAGCAAAAUAGUAACAGUAACAGCAACAAUGUGAAGCAACAAUAGCAACUAAAAAAAAAAACAAAACCCAAAUACAGAAAGAAAAAAAAAACAUAAUAAAAAAUUAAAUACAAAUAAUAAAGAACAAAGAAUCUUUUGUAUGAUGAUGUAUGAUGAAAACCGAAUGCCGAUACAAACUGUCCAACCAAGACGGUUGUAAAAACAGUUAAAUAUGUGUUUAAUGUACAACAUAAAAUAGCAAGCUAUUUUAUAAAACAAUAUUCUAAUUAUCCGCAAUGUAAGAAAACCGAGAAAAACCGAGAAAAACCAAGAAAAACCGAGAAAACCGAACAGAAUACAAAAACCAAAAAGCUGCCAUCAAACCAUCAUGCAUACGAUUAAAGCUCUUCAGUUUUACCAAUAUGAUUGAUGAUUGAUGAGGGGAGGACGGAAAGGACGGGAAGGACUUAGUAAACGCAACAACACACAAACAAUUGGCAACUGUUUGCAUUUUGCAGUAAAGCAUAAUUAAUAUUUUCGUUUGAAGAAACAAAAGCGAAAUGCUACAAAAUAAGCCCAUAUUCAAUUUAAAGAAUACCAAUUUAAAACAAAAAAAUGAACUAAACAACCAGUAAACGUGUGCAUCCAUAGCAAAGGCAAAAGCAAAAGCAAAAGUAAAGCAAAAAAACAUAAAUUUUUAAGUACCAUAUAUAUGUAUGUAAAACAAAAACAAAUGAAGAAAUAUUCAAAGUAAUGCUAAUUUUUAAAUCAUAUUUACGAACAACAGACAACAGGCAGGCAAAAUUUCAGUUCAUUCCCUAAAAAAAAAACAAAACAAAAAAAACA